UGUGUAGUCAGUUUACGGUGCCAGGCUGAGUCAGUAAUUGAGCCAUAAACCUGAAGGGUUUCUAUUUGACCCUUUUGGCUUUCCAUAGUCACAGGUUCGCUUCGCGUACGCUACUUCCUAUAAUUUACACCGGUAUCUGGCCGAAAGGUAGCCCUGCGACACAAAUACAGCUCUCCUCAGGAUAUCUGAGCAUCCCUAUAAAACAAUUCAGUGGAAAUGUUUAAUAUCUUUUAAUAGCUUGUUUUCCUACGGAGAUCACACUGAGACCAGGGACCUCUGAUGGCGAGACCGCAGCCUCUGAAUAAGCCCCGCCUCAGCCAGGCGCAAAUGCAUCUUCAAAUAGACGCACGUGUUAUGCCGCUCUCGCAAGCUUGACUAUGAACUAACUCGAGGUCAGAGCAGAAAAGAGAGACAGGCUGUUCAUGCGACUAUACCAGAUCAAUUCAGCUGUUAUUUCAGCUUUUUCAUGCCCAGCCAAACUCGUCCAGCAGUGGCUUCUUCAACUUCUGUACAACUGCUUCCAUCAGGCAGAUGAGAACAAAGCACUCAGUCAUGGUUGUAUUGAGAAGGCAAUUUGACUUUGAGUCAAACCACCUGGAGGAGGAGAACCAAACAUGCAGUGUAUUUUGGAUUGUGUGCAAUAUUUUGCAGAUGAAAGCUGCUGAACUGAUCCACAAGGUGUAAACUGAGUCAAAGGACAGAGCUGUAGCACUGCAGAAAUGUGAUGUGUUCUGGAUAUUUGGGCCAGCAAACAAAAAGAGAAUAUAAACAAUGGAUACAAAAUGCAACAUUUUUUAAACUAGUUAUUUAUACAAUGAUCUAGUAAUUUUUUUGAGUGGCAGUUCUGUGUUCUCCAUGCUCAGGUGAUUCUUCUUACCUCUAUGUGCAAAGGCAAAUAUUUGAUUACCUUUUUUCUAUCACCAUGUUUCUGAUAAAUGAAAGAAUUUUACAAAUAUGUUUUUAGAAGCACACACCCUCAGCCUGUGUAUUUUUCCUUUUUUUGGUUCAUUUAAUUAUGUGCAGUGUGAAACCAAACCAAAACCAAUAGCAUCCAAACCAAAAGUAUACAUUCCUGCAAUGUUGUGCUGAUUCUCCUGUUGGUUUCUCUUGUGUAUGUGUGUAGGUAUUUUUUGUUUUGUGCUAGCAUGUAUAUUCUGCAACAGUAUUUAGAGAGUGCAACUGAGUGGGUCAUUACAGAGAGGGAAACAUUAGAAAAUGGUCUGGUGAUAGUGAAUAGUUAAGGCAGACUAUGUUUAAUAGUGUUCUCAUGAUUCUGCUAGUUAAAGGAAUGCCAGUAGUAAUGUUCCUAAAUAUACCAUUUUGUUUCCAAAGAUACAACCAAUUUAAAUGGAAGCUUGGUGUAAUUAAGUGUUAAAAUAUUGUGUGGCUGUAAGCCAAGAAAAUUAUCUAGACCCACAAUUACGAGAUAUUUGUAUGUUGCAUAUCAGUGGAACACAUAAGGUAUAACACAGAUUAUUACACAUUGUCAAGGUUUUGUUUGAAAUGAAACCUAUGAAACCUUAUUUAAAACAGAAAUCUGUUAAUAAAUAAUAUACAGUUUGGCUAUGAAUGAAUUAUUAACAAAUUGCACUGAGUGCUGAAGUUCAAGAAGAAGCAGUCUAUUUGACCUAUAAAAGAUGUUUAAGGAGUUGGACAAGCUGACCUCUGGCUUUAUGAUUGUCUCCAUAAUCUAUAUUAAAAUUACCACAAUAUAAAAAGCAAAGGUCAUAUUGCUGUGCAUUUUGCAGAGCUAUAAAAAAAACCUUAUGCACAUCAAAUUCUGUACUGUUUUCUUGCUGAAUUUGUCAUCUGUAGCCCUGCACUAAUGUGGCAAAUAUUUGGAUCGGAGUCUAAAAUACUGGCUGCUACUCCAACCACAUACUGCUAAAGCAGGGUGUAAUUUGGUCGGCAGGCAAUCUGUGUCAUUGAAUAGACUCUUUACAUAAAACAGCAUUACUUAAAAAACAUUUAAAUGUAGUAUCAAAGACUUUUCUUAGAAAACCUAAGAAAAAAUCUGAUGAAUGCUUUCUUAUAUAAAGCUGUACACAGGGACAGUGUAGGGAGCUGCUUAUAAAGACAAAGGUUUGUUCAUGGUUUAAUUCGCAUCAUCCGCUGAAGUCUUCAAACAUCGCUCAAGUUAAUAUUAACUUUUGAGGAGUUUCAGCAGUGUUUUUUUUUUCUUAAAGGUAACUCAACAGCUAAAAGGCUUAACUCCACCUAAGAAGCAUGAAAUGAUUGCAACCUGAGAGAGUUCAGUCACUGGGGAUUCUCUUUCCUCUAUUUUGUUUUAAUUUAUAUGCUUGUGUAGCCAUAACAAUGGAGAUAUCUAAUGUUUUACCUUCUUUCAGAGAUAUGGAGAUGAAUUAUGAUCCAGAGGUGCAGUUAAAAUUGUCUUGUCCAGAAUCAGGAGUUAAUAGAAAGAGCAAAACUCAAGAGAGAGGCCAGUGGUCAAAUAAGGUUGAAUUUCUCCUGGCUGUCGCUGGGCAAAUCAUCGGUCUAGGAAAUGUGUGGAGGUUCCCAUACCUGUGCUACAAGAAUGGAGGCGGAGUGUUUUUCAUUCCAUAUUUGGUCUUCCUGUUUGCUUGUGGCAUUCCACUGUUCCUCAUGGAGAUAUCAUUGGGUCAGUACACCAGUCAGGGUAGCAUCACCUGCUGGAGGAAAAUCUGCCCCUUGUUUGAAGGAUUGGGCUAUGGUACUCAAGUGGUCGUGUUGUACUCCAGCAUCUACUACAUCAUCAUUUUGGCCUGGGCAUUCUUCUAUCUUUUUUCUUCCUUUAGUGCUGAGGUGCCAUGGGCUACCUGCAGCAAUACCUGGAAUACCGAAACAUGCACUGAAUUUGACAAAAUGGACGAUUUAUGCAACUCGAGUAUACCAGAGAAUGCAACUUCACCUGUUAAAGAGUUCUGGGAGAGGAGAGUGCUAAAUCUCACAGGUAGUGUGUAUGAGCUGGGCAAUGUGAGGUGGGAGCUGGCUCUGUGUCUCCUCUUGGCUUGGAUCAUCUGCUACUUCUGUGUGUGGAAGGGAGUGAAGUCUACAGGCAAGGUGGUCUAUUUCACUGCUACCUUUCCUUAUGUAAUAUUGGCAGUGCUUUUGGUGCGUGGACUCACGUUGCCUGGGGCUGUCGAUGGCAUCAUUUUUUACCUCUACCCAGAUCCUACACGCCUCACAGACCCACAGGUGUGGAUGGAUGCUGGAACGCAGAUUUUUUACUCCUACGCUCUCUGCAUUGGGUGCCUCACUGCUCUGGGAAGCUACAACAAGUACAAUAAUAACUGCUACAAGGACUGUAUUUAUCUGUGCCUGUUGAACAGUGGAACCAGUUUUGUGGCUGGAUUUGCCAUCUUCUCUGUGCUGGGCUUUAUGGCCUAUGAGCAGAAGACAGACAUCUCAACAGUGGCAGAGUCAGGUCCAGGCUUGGCCUUCAUUGCAUACCCCCGGGCAGUUGCAAUGAUGCCUGUUCCACAACUAUGGGCCAUUUGUUUCUUCAUUAUGAUUAUUCUGCUAGGACUGGACAGUGAGUUUGUAUGUUUGGAGGCACUGAUGACUGCUGUAACUGACAUGUACCCCUCAUUCUUCCUCUUUGGUCAUCGUCGCAAAGGAUUCCUGCUCAUCAUUUGUUCUGGGUGUUUCCUGAUUGGCCUGGUUAUGGUAACGGAGGGCGGCUUGUAUAUUUUCCAGUUGUUUGAUUACUAUUGCUGCAGUGGGAUGACACUUCUGUUAUUCGCCAUUCUGCAGUCAGUGUGUAUAGGGUGGGUGUAUGGUGCUGAUCGUCUUUAUGAUAAUAUUGAGGACAUGAUUGGAUAUAAGCCACUGUUCUUAAUAAAGUAUUGUUGGAAGUACCUCACCCCUCUAUUCUGCGCUGGUACAUUUGUCUUCUCUCUGAUCAAAUUCACUCCUCUGAAGUAUAACAAUGUUAUUGAAUACCCCUGGUGGGGCUACGCUAUUGGUUGGUGGUUCACACUCUCUUCAACUCUGUUGGUUCCUCUUUGGAUGAUCUAUGUGCUGCUCACUUCCAGUGGCUCGCUGAGACAGAGACUACGUGCUCUCUGCACCCCAGCAAGUGACCUUAGGUAAACACUUUGCAACUGGAAGCUAUGGAGGACUUCUUGCCCUAUUGCAACAGCAAGGACGUCCCUGAAUCACAAAGGGCAAUAAUAAAGUCGACCAUGCAUAUUUUAAAAAUGCACUUUUAUAUUGGCCUUUGGCCUCUCCUCAAAUGGACAUGCUGUGAAGUUGGUGUAUAUACGCACAAUUGUAACUAUCAGUCUGUAAAAUGAAACAUGAAUUGUAGACAAAUCACUAAUAACAAAACCUAUGCUCUGUAACAGUUCAGAGCUCUUUAAUAACCUACUCAGUUAUAGAAAUGCAAAUAGCAAUAUUACUGAGAUUCAAAGUGCCUUUUAGGGAAUCUGUAUAACCAGAUUACAAAGAGCAGAACUUCUUUAGUAAUAUAUCAACCAUUCCAGACAGAUUUUAUGCAGCGAUUUCACAAGAGAAUUCCAGCCAUAUUUGGCAUUUUUGGUGCUUGCUAAUCUUUACUGAGAAUGUGUUUUCUCAUAUAAAGAUUCAAAUUCAGAAGUUGUGUUACCUCAUUAUUGUACGGUUUCUAGUUCCUACGUUUUGGGUCAUAAUUGAAAAAUGUUGAUUGUCUAUCUAAAAAAUUAUAGAACACCACAGCUAUUCAUGUUAUGAACUGAGAACUGAGUAUGACUGAAUAACUAUAUAAUACAGUGUAUUGAUAUGCAAACUUUCCAUUGUUACUUAAUCAGAAGGCUGGAUGUGAUUUAGAAACACUGUGAAACUUUGAAAACAAUGCAGAUGAUGAAACUUCUGAACCUAAUUUCACAAAAUAACACCAAAUCAUUUUGGAACUAUAGUUUACAGUACACAAAGAGGUAAGCGUAGAAAUCAGUGGCCCAUUGAGGAAAGCUCAAACUGCUCCACCAAAUCCACCUCCUAAAUUGUGUGAACUGUAUGACUCUUUUUUUUAAUAUUGUUUUUAAUGGCACACUAACAAAUUUUAGGCAGCACUGUUUGAUGUUAGACAGUGACAAGUGAACUGAUUGGAGUAGCGUUUUUAUUAUAACACUACUAGCACUGUCUUUGACAUUAAAGAAUGCCUGAUAGGUGUUUUUCAUUAAAGUUAACUGGGGACAAAAAUCUAAAAUCAUUAAAAAGUAAAAUAAGCUUGGUUAUUGGUUGAAUUGUGUGAUUGACUAGUGUUGCUAAAAUUGUGCUUGCACAGCACAGGGAGAAUUGUACCAGCAGUCCCAGUGGCCAGUCCGUCUCUGUGAAGUAAUUCAGUGCAACCCUCAAAAACUCAUAUAUGCAGUUGAAUGUAAUUUGUAAUAUGUACUUUGUAAAUGUCUUUGCUCGUAUAGAAUUGUGAGAAGUCUAGCUAGGUGUUGAUUGUUGCCCAUUGGAAAUUUCACUAGUACACAUCCUUGGAGCACCUCAAAAAGCACAUGAGAAAUGUGACACAAUGUGGCCAGUGUGAUUCAUCACAAUGCAGUCUAACUGGAACGAUGAUGCUUCUAUGCUAAAAUAUAUUUAUAUUAUUUUAUAUAUAUAUAAUGACUAUGUGGAAUUAUUUUUGAAACAUUAAAUCUUAGAGAUGUUUUGAAAAAAUAGGUUUUUGAAAAUAAGUAUUUGUUGUAAAUUGUGAUGUACAUGAUUGCUAAAAUAUCCGAUAUCAAUGACAAAUGUUUAGAUUUCCAUUUAGUAUUUGGCAGAUUUUGUGUAAUGAUGGUUAUUAUGCUAUUUACUUUAUUGUGCUGUAUUGUAUUAUAGAGUUUUGUAUUGAUCUAAAUUAUAGGUGCAUUACACUGUCCUUAAUGUAGUAAGAUGUACAUAGUAACACUGUUAUGUAAUUAAAGGUACUGUUUUUCUCCAA